AUGAUGUUCAAGGAUAAACAACAAAUCAAAGAUGCCAUAAAGGAGUAUGCAAAUAGGGCAGCAGAAGGAUGGAUUGCAACAUGGCAUGCAGAUGAUGAUUUUGCUAUAUUUGGAGUUUCAAACGGUGUUGAGACAUAUGUUGUGAGCUUGCUUCAACAGAAAUAUGGUUGUAGGAAGUGGGAUUUAAGUGGAAUACCAUGUUGUCAUGCUAUUGCAUGCAUAUGGUAUAAUAAGAAGGAUCCCGAAGAGUACGUUUCAUCAUUCUAUAGGAAAUCUACUGUUCUGGCUACUUAUAGCCAUAUCAUUAUGCCAACCAAUGGCUUGUUAAUGUUGCUAACCCAAUCAGCCCUCCAGUCAUGCGAAGAUCUAUCGAUCGUCCUAAGAAGAAUCGUAACAAGGCGAAUGAUGAACCGAGGAUAA